GUUUAAUUUAGAGGUAGUUAAAGUGGAACCUACACCAGACUUUGAGAGGACAGGUCGGUGGAUAGUAUCAGUAAAGAGUACUCAAACGGAAGCAGUUACUAAAGAAACGUUUGAUGGAGUUAUGGUAUGCAUUGGCCAUCAUGUAUUUCCAAAUAUCCCCACUUUUCCAAAUCAAGCCAAGUUUAAAGGAUCGAUUACACACACACAUAGCCUCAAGUCUUGUGAUCAUUAUAAGGGAAAAACCGUCGUUGUUGUUGGAAUAGGAAAUUCUGGAGUUGAUGCUGCAGUUGAUUCAACGUUUGUUGCAAAGCAG